CCGGAGGAGAGGAGACUGGACCGAAUUUCUAGCUACAAAAUUUUAAUAGGGAUCGUCUUCAUCAUUAUUUUCGUCACUAUACCUCAAUACUGGCUGCUGUAUAUCGAUCGACAUGAUUUCGACUUGAUUAUUGAUAUUUUAUCACUGGACAGCAUUAAUGGAACAAUCGCGUUUAUAAAAAUGAUCUUCUUCUGGUCAAGCGGAGAACCAAUAAAUAACCUGCUAUACGCAAUGAAAGUAGAUUGGAAGGAAGUGUCAACGGAAAUGGAAGAAAAAAAAAUGAUGAAAAUCGCAAGAUUUAGCAGAAAUUUAGCAUCAAGAGCAACCGAACUCUGUUAUGCCCUUAUCGCGGUUUACAUUUUAAAAAGAUGCUUGUCGAUGCGUAACGAAGGUCGACUACCAUUUUUCCCUUCGUAUUAUCCAUUCAGUGCAAUGUCCAGUCCAAUAUACGAAUUGGCGUUUGUCGGUCAAGCGAUUGGUACUAUUUAUUUUACUACAGUCUACACAGCAGUUGAUACUUUCUUAGCCAUGUUGAUCCUUCACGUGUGUGGACAACUUUCAAGGCUACAAGAUAAUCUGAUUAAUUUGAAUUCUAAUACGAGACAAGAGUUUCAGAAUAAGUUACGUUACAUCAUCAGAAGACACGAUUAUUUAAAAAGAUUCGUUGAUACGAUUGAGGAUCAAUUCAACAUAAUGCUUCUUUUUCAAAUGCUUGGUUGUACAUUGCAAUUAUGCAUCGAAUGUUUUCAAGGACUUAAGUUAAUGGCUGGGGAAGGUGAAAAGAUGCCAUUGAUAGAAAUGUUUUUUUUCGCGUUCUACGUGUUCUAUGUUCUACUUCAACUAUACCUAUACUGUUUUGUUGGUGAGAAACUUUGGACCGAGAGUAACGAGGUUGCUCGUGCAGCUUACGAAUGUAAUUGGUAUGAUUUAUUACCCCACGAAGCUAAUUCACUGAUAUUAAUUAUCCGUCGUUCACGAUCACCUUUUCGUCUAACUGCAGGCAAAUUUUUUACUUUAAAUCAUGAACUUUACAGUAGCGUUUUGAAAACAUCAAUGGGAUAUUUGUCUGUUUUACGUACCACAAUGAUGAAAGAUGAUUAA